CGGGGAACUAAAAUAACAGUGAAGCAGGCCUCCCAUUUGCUAACGAAACGGACUCCGGUCUCCGGCACACUCCAACGCCUGCCGUCUCCGUUUUUGCACUACCCAUUCAGCCGGCAGCCGCCAUUCUGCGACUCAUCCGGCAGCCGCCCCGCGAUUCAGCCAGCGACUCAGCCUCCUCUUCUCUAUCGAGCACUAUUUUUGAAGGCGGGGAGGUUCGGGUGACAUUAGUCUCUUCUCGGUUGGAGAUUUGGGGCACCUGCGGUGCUUUGUUCAAAAAAUUGAUGGUUCUUACCCCGGUAAACCCCCAGGUCCGACCCAAACCGACCCCAUUUUCUCCAUUCUCUUCUUCCCAGUUUCUCUCCAAAGUCCAAACUGAAUAAAAAAACACUUGCGAUCAUUCUCUCUCGCAUGAAUCUGUUCAUCGUCUUCAUCCCUAUUCAUACGUGCUCGCCGUAGAUAGAUGUCCGUGAAGAAGCUCGUGGAGAAGGCUUCUUUUAAUCAUAAGAAGGCGGGAAGUGGUUUGAGAUUUUGCAGGCAGGAUGGAGGGGAAAGGGGAUGGAGUGAGGGAGGAGCGGGUGGUGGAGGCGAGAGCGAGGAACAUCAGCCACAACGUUAGGUGCACUGAGUGUGGCAGUCAAUCGAUCGAAGAUUCUCAAGCCGACAUUGCAAUCCUCCUCAGGAAGUUAAUUCGAGAUGAGAUCCGUGCUGGAAAAAGCGAUAAAGAAAUCUUCAAAAAACUUGAGGACGAUUUCGGCGAGACGGUACUCUAUGAGCCAAAGUUUGAUCUGCAGACAGCGGCGUUGUGGCUAUCUCCGCUUUUGACUGCAGGGGCUGUUGGAGGGGCAUGGGUUUUCCAAAGACACAGAAAGAAGACUAAUGUACACAUCAUGGCUUUGAAUCUCAUCAGAGGAGUCCCGUUAACGCCGAAGGAGAGAGAGACGAUGCUUAAGCUCCUCACUCCUCCCCCUUCUCACCAUUCUCCCACGCAUUGGUGGCGGAGAUUGCUCCGACAGUGAAACAACAAACAUGGGUCUGAAAUCUGUUGUUCUUUCGGCCCGUUUGGGAUCUAAUGUAUGAGCUUUAUUUCGCUGACAUCUGGGGGUAUACCUAAACAAAUUACCCCCUUCGUGUCAAAGAAAGAAACUUUUUGCGUGUAGUUAAUAAUGUUUUUGAAUUGUGAGUCCCUAAUGCUUUGAGACAACAAGAUUUGGACACCAUCUUAUGAGCCUAAUUAUAGUAUUGGACUGGUUGGAGUAAGAUUUUUACUGCAUCCUAGAAACAUGGAGGACUUAAACCAAACUGAUGGGAUGCAAACCUAAAAGUGAAGAAGGUAGCUACUGGCCAACCUGCUGCCUCUUGCUAUACUGUUUGGAAACUGAGAAAUAAGAAGAUUCACAAUAUUGAAGUGAACUGUGAAGAUGUCACUAAGCACAUUCAAUUCUGUGUUAAAUCCUAUUGUGAAUUUAAGUUGUGGUAGAUGUUGGUCU